AUGACUUCGAAUCAAGAUAUUAUCAAGGCAUCGUCAUUAUUUUCUGAUAAAUCUGCAAGCCUAAAAGAAAGAAGUCAUAGAUAUAUUUUAUCAAUGUUAAAUAAUCUUACAUCAGCAAGAUCAUUUGAUGAUAACUUUUCUUUUAGUCCUGAUUGUAAAAAUCGAAUGGGAGAUUUUAAACCUUGGUUACCCAUUGAAGCUACACUGUGUAAAUGUACAUCACCAAACAAUUUCAAUUAUACUGUCGAAUCCAAUAUACAUAAAGAUGUGAUCAGGAAAAUGAGUGUACCUGACAAUAUGACAAUUCACAAGACUGAUAAUCCACUUGAUUAUUCCAUUCAUUCACAUUUGAAUGAUUGUCAAUAUUCAAUGUCUACCAGUUCGAAGGCAGUAGCUCUUAAACAGUCGGAAUGUAAUGGCAAUUCAUCACCUGAAUCUUUGAACAACUUCAGUAUUCACAACAACAAUACAUUUUCUUUCAGAAAAUCAAGUUGCACUUCGGAGCCAGUUUUAAAUUAUCAUAUAAAUAAUGAAAUUGAUAGUGGACGUUUAUUAAAACGUAAAUACUCUAAAAAUAAUUCACGUGCUUCUAGGAAAUACUCUGAAAAAUAUAUUAAAACAGGAAUCAGUAAGGUAACUGAACUUAAUCAGUCAAAUGGGAUCAGUAUUGCUUCCAGUAAUAAUCAUAAUAAUAAUAACAAUACAGAUAGCAGUGAUAAGAGGUUUGACGUAAUCAACCCUAAUACUGCUAAUCAUUUAUUUACAUACAAUUUGUUAAAGGAGACGUGUUCUUUGAAUCAGAAUGUUAUAAAUGAAGAUGGAAAUAUGAUAACUCAUAAAAAAUCUAAAUUGGAUAAAAGUUGUCCCAAUAAACAAACAACCAAUACGACUUAUUAUUCAACUUCUAAAAAUAACACAUGGAACAAUGAUAAGAAUAAAUCGGGUAAAACUAACGACGAAAACUUAAACAACCUGGAAAAAAAUACAGUUAACGCAACAGGAGCUUAUAAAUAUUUAUCAUGGCGUGAAAAAGAUCGUAGACGGCGAUUUCGUGAAGAAUGGAAACAUUUAUGGCUUGUUAUACCACAUGGACUUCAUGAAGUUAUGUGCCUUGUUUGUCAUAAAGUAAUGACUCAAAGAAAAUUAGACACCAUUAAACGACAUGUGAUCAGAAGACAUCCGGAAUUAUUGAAAAUGCCGGAUAAUGAUAAGCAAGCAUUAUUUACGGAAUUAUUUAUCAAACAGCCUAAUGUGACGGAAGAAGAUACAAAUGUCAAUUCAUCGUCUAACAACCAACGUAAUGAUGCAUCACAAAAAUCAAACGAUUCAUAUGCAGCUAAUGUUCAUAGGAAUUUAGUGAGUAUUCAACACUCACAGAAAACUAAAGAGAUCACGCAGAAAACUUUACUUAAUGAUAAUAAUAAUAAUCCUAACUGGUUGACCAAUGAAAUGAACGAUAGAAAUGUUUUGAAGAAUAUUAACAGGUCGAUCAAUGAUAAUUAUAUUCCAUUAUUUUAUUCACCCAUUUAUCAAUCGGUAUUUCAUAGAAAAACUAGAGAUACACUAAAUGAACUGCAUCAAGUGGUUAAAUCAAAUUCUAAAGUUAAACAUCAAGAUAGCAAUGGUUUGCCAAAAAUGUAUCAUGACAACAUGAACACAAGUGGUUUGAACACUUUACCAAAUGAUUGGUCUCAUCUCUUUAAGGUUGCUGGAAGUUUACUGCCUACUGUGACAUCUUCUUCACCUAAUGUACCCACUGAUCCUCUGGAUUAUUCUACUCAUUCCAAUCGACUUAAUCCUAUGCGAAUCGAUAUGCAUUCAUUAUCUCCUAAUGAUCACUUAUUGUAUACUUCAAUCAUUCCGGAGAAGCCUUUAUUGUCUCCAGACAUGGAAAUCAAUAGUAAUUGCACUUCGUUUUGUUCUCAAAUUAAUACACAGUAUAGAAAAUCAUUUACUCCAAUGACAUAUCAAUCGUCGGAAUCAUCGAACUCAUUGUCGUUUGUAUCUGAUGUACAAUCAGAAUGGUUAACUAACUUUCGAGAUUUAGAAAAAUCGCCUGUGUGUACGGAACUGAAUCCUAUUGUGAACAGCCAUACCAUUAGGCCUAGUGAUAAAAGUCAAGCUGCAUUGAAUUGUGUCAUGAACUAUCCCAGUAGAAAUAUCUUCAGUGACACUGAAUUAAACACACAUGACAACACUUCAAAAACUAAAGCGUAUUCAAAUCCACAGUUCCAUUUAACAGCAGAGCAUAUGGUGCAUGAUUAUAUUGUUAAUGAAUUAAACCAACGUUUAAAAUUAUCCAUGAAUACAGAAACAGGUGGUGAUGAGAACCAUGCAUCAUCUGAAUGUGAGUCAACAUUUUCAAAAAUUACGGGACUUGAAGAAAUGCAAUCUUCAAUGAUAACCGCUUGGUAUUCAGCUCUUAUAAAUUCCGCUAAAAGUACAAACCAGUCAUCAGCUAGCGAUAUUGUAUCUUCAAAUUUACAUAAAUCAAUAGGUGAACCUUUCGCCUUAUCAAAUCCAGAACUUUUCAAUACCAGUUUACAUGUUUCCAAUAAUUCUGAUGAAAUGAUUUCAUCUCCUCGUUUAAAACAAAGAGAAAAAUCUAAUAAUUCUACGAAUUUAAUCGAUUCUUGCCAAUCUCAUAAACAGGCUGAAGAUUCAUCAUAUUCAUCAAAACAAACCAAUUCAGAUUUAAAUAAAUUUACUAUUUCCUCAUUAUUGAAUACAGAACAAUGUCAAACAAAAGUACCAAAGACAGUGCAAAGAAGUAGUCAUUCCUGUCUUGAUUCACCUAACAAGUUGGAUUCAGCUUCAUACGAUAACUCGACUGAUUCAUCAUCACAAUUGGGCGAUCAUCAAAAAUGCGCUAAAUUUAAGCCUGUUCCAGGAUGUGUUCCAUGCAUUCUUUGUCGAAUUCAUGACAUGAAUAUGGAAAAUUCCUCAAAUGUGAUAAAUCCUAAUAAGUUGUACAGAUUAAAUGUUGACAGUCUAAAUAAUAAGUUAUUUGCAAAAGCAGCUGAUUCAUACAAAAUAAAACAUACCGAAUUCUCUUGUUCAAAACAUUUAUCCAGUUCAUUUUAUAAUUAUUCCAUGGCAAUUCAGUCGAAAUGUAAUAACACGUCGUCUAAUCAGUUCAACAAUAAUGAUCUAUACACUUCACACAAUCAACUGCCAUUCAUACAUUUAUUCGAUUCCAAUACUCAACCUUUUCAUUCUGCAGAAACGCAAAUGAAAUGUUAUUAUCAAGAAUUGUUACGACAGCAUUUUGAACAUAUACAGAAAGUAUAUUAUACGAAUGAAAAAGUAACAUCAUCCUAUUGUAUGCCAAUAAAUAAAGAAAAUGCUAUCUGUUUAAAUGAUAGGCAAAAUAUAUCUUCUAGUUGA